AUGGCUUCCCAACCUGGAAGCAUCCGCGACGCGCCCGCCGCCGGUCAGAUCAUUGACCAUAAUGGCAAGCGAUACAUCACGAUCCAGGAAGGUGGUGCCUACAUUCUCGUACCCGAAACAGCCAAGGACGCAGCCGACCAGAAGGACCCAAGGGACAAGGACGGCCCGGCUCAGUCGGUCUUCUACAACCCGAUCCAACAGUUCAAUCGCGACCUGACGAUCCUUGCGAUCAAGGCGCAUGGAGAAGAGAUGGUGGAGAAGAAGAAAGCUAGUAUGGAAGCAAAGAGACAGCUGUAUGCUGGAAAGAAGAGGAAGCGAAACGAGACAAAGAAUGCAGGCGGCUCCAGUAAAGCUGCCAAAGUCGACGGUGCCCCCUCAACAGACAACUCGACCGCCCCCGCCGCCUCCGAUGCCGACCUCGAUGCACAAGGAGAGAUUCAGGUCACACCAAACAAAGCUCAGAGUGCUACCAAGGAGGUACAACCUGCCACAGAGCAAGCGACGAACGGCAACGGCUCCGACCCACAACAGGGCCAGGAUACCCCCAUGGAAGAUGCUCCUGUUGAGGGCCAAAGCGAACAAGCGAACGAAGCUGCCAACGGACAGAAUGCCCAGAGAGAUAGGCAAGACCGCAAGCCAUACUUCACUAUUCUGGAUGCCCUGUCUGCCACCGGCCUGCGCGCCUUGCGAUAUGCCCAGGAGAUGCCCUUUGUCACCAAAAUCACUGCCAACGAUCUCGACGCCUCUGCUGUGGAGUCCAUCAAGCUCAAUGUACUUCACAACGGCCUGGACGACAAGAUCGAUGUCAACCAUGGCGACGCUAUCGUCCACAUGUACUCCAAGAUAGCCGCACACCAGGCACUCACCGAGAAGGACAAGGCCAAGGGCAAGAGUGAGAAAUACGAUGUCGUUGACCUGGACCCCUACGGCACCGCCGCGAUGUUUCUCGACGCAGCUGUGCAGGCGGUCCGUGACGAUGGCGGCCUCCUGUGUGUCACCUGUACCGAUGCUGGUGUCUGGGCAUCCAACGGCUACCCCGAGAAGGCGUUCGCUCUGUACGGCGGCGUGCCAGUCAAGGGACACUUCUCGCACGAGGUCGGACUGCGUCUCAUUCUGCACGCCAUUUCUACCUCUGCCGCGCGUUACGGACUAUCCAUCGAGCCCCUUCUGUCGCUCUCCAUCGAUUUCUACGCCCGAGUGUUCGUCAGGGUAUCUCGGUCGCCCGCAGCCGUCAAGUUCACGGCUGGAAAGACCAUGAUCGUGUACAACUGCGACGUCGGCUGCGGAGCGUGGUCGACCCAGUUCCUGCUCAGGAACAAGGCGCACCAGAACAAGAACGGCUCCGGCUUCUUCUAUAAGCACACGAUGGCGCAAGGGCCUACGGCAGACCAGCACUGCGCGCACUGCGGCACCAAGAUGCACCUGGCCGGGCCAAUGUUUGGUGGCCGCCUGCACUCCCCCGACUUCGUCAAGCGCAUCCUGGACAAGCUGCCCGAGGCAAGCAAAGAAACGUACGGCACCACGGAGCGCAUCAAGGGCAUGCUGACCACCGCCCUUGAGGAGCACCUGGACGACGCCGAGACCGAGGGGAAGCCCAAGUCCAAGGACGACGCGCUGGCCGAGAUCGAGCCGUACCCGUUCUUCUUCCUGCCCACGGCCCUCGCCCGGACAAUACACUGCGCCACCCCACCCGAGGACGCCAUCCGCGGUGCGCUCCGCGGCCUGGGCUACCGCGUCACUCGCAGCCACUGCAAGCCUGGCAGCAUCAAGACCGAUGCGCCGUGGAGUGUGCUCUGGGACGUGAUGAGGGAGUGGGUUAGGCAGAAGGCGCCUGUCAAGGAAGCGAAUAUUAAGUCCGGCUCGCCUGGGUACCGGCUCCUCGGACUGGGUGCGAAGGAGUCAGCAGAUGCCAAGGUGGAUGGUCCAGCUCCUGACAGCGCGGGCAAGGAGGACGCCACGGGCGAGAAGAAGGCUAGCGUAGAGGAGGAGCAAAAGAUCGUCUUUGACGAGAAGCUUGGCCGGGAGAAGAGCAAGGAGAGGCUCGUCCGAUACCAGGCCAACCCGAGAGAGAACUGGGGUCCUAUGAACCGGGCUAAGGGACAGUGA